AUUGUGCACAUUGCAACGUGGGGUCACACACAUGGCAGUGUCGCUGAUAGAAUUAGUGGAGACUCCUGGCGAUGCGCUCUUGCUCGUGCUCAUGGCGUGCUUAGCCACCUCGAUCGUCGUGUCGAACCUGAUUCUAAUCGCGGCCUUCGUGAACUCGAGAGCGCUAUUGAAACAAAACAACUAUCUCUACACCCUGAGCCUCGCCAUUAGUGAUUUUCUCGUCGGUGCCGGAUUUUUUUACAACGGCCUCUACGAUGUCAAGGACGAGUUUGGUCCUGCAUACAGCCCGCCGAUUGUCAUUCCGGUCAUUCACGGUGUAUCCCUGCUGACUCUGCUCGCUUCCAUGCUCGAUAGGUAUUACGCCGUGCAUUCGCCUUUUAAGUACGUGGAAAAAAUUAGUCGUGGGAAAACCAUGCUAAUCAUCGGUUUCACUUGGAUCGUGCCGCUUGUGACGUUACUCAUGAACUCGAACAUGUCAACGUCUUCGAAGCUCACUUACAAAGCUUACUCAACCACCGCUGUCAGCAUAUUCCUCCUCGUGGUCAUGGUGGUGAUCAACACCAGAAUCUACAUAACCACCAGGCGUCAGCAAAGUCGCGAGCCUGGAGCAGAGUCCAAGGCGCGCGCCGCUCACCUCGUCAUCAUCGCGUCCACAAUGUUCAUCAUUCUCUGGAUGCCCAGCCUAAUCGGCAUGGCGAUAUGCGCAGGAUUUAACAUGUGCAUAUCAGCGCCCUACAAUGCCAAAAACCCGCUCAACACCUUGCGGAUUCUGAACACCCUGAGCACGCCCGUCAUCUUUUUGAUUGGAAGCAAAUUGACCAGAGCGUCUCUGAAGGAGCUGGCUCUGCGUCUGCGUUGCAAAAGAUCCGUUUCACCAUCGACUGCAUGCACCACAUGAAUACAUGCAUCAAGAGUUGGAGACAUCAUCAAUAACUUUUACCUUUAAUCUCAAAACUACGAACCACAAAAAAACUGUCUCUUCUUGAGCAGUGUGAACCCCACACGGACAGAGGAGGCAGUG